ACAAGUUGGAAAGUCGCAGUUCUCACUUGACCGCCUUAAUAUCAUAAUGGAGAUGAUUCUCAAGAUCGUUAAUUUACUGGCAAUAAUUGUGACAGUCAUUAAUUGGUCAAACGCUGGUUACGUUUCGCUGGGACAUGAUCCUCAUCAUCAUUUGUCGGUAGCUCAUUCUUUUAUGCAUUUUCAUGGGCCAGUGGUGGGUCCAGAUUAUGAAGUGAAAGUACCAUAUUUUGCUCCUCAUAGUGAGCACAAUUAUCUACACGGUGAUCAUCAUGAUCAUCACGAUCAUCAAGAUCAUUAUUCCCUGGACUAUGUUGCACAUCCGAAAUAUCAAUUUUCUUAUGGUGUUCAGGAUCAUCAUACUGGUGAUUUUCAUGGUCAAAAGGAACACAGAGACGGAAACAGUGUUCAUGGCGAAUACAGCGUAAAAGAGCCAGGCGGCACAAUUCGUGUGGUGAGUUACCACGCAGAUAAAGACGGAUUUCACGCAGUAGUGCACACUUCCGGUAAAAACGAUCACUCUGGUGGUACUUAUAGCGGACACGGUCAAGAUCAUCAUUAUCAAGGUUACGAUAGAGAAGAUCAUCAAGAACAUGGUUUACAAAAUUAUGCCACAUACACAACUCAAGAAGGAUAUUCAUAAAAAAAAUAUAUAAUACAUUUUGUAAAUUUUUUUGAUAUAUAUAUAUAUACAUACUUCCUCUGUAUACCUUUUGUUGGAUAGUUUUUCGAAUUUGUUAAUAUUUUUUAAGUACCAAAGUCAUGAAUGCGACAGAAACCUCUUAAGUAUUAUAUGAGUAUAGAUGAUUUUGUUUUGUAAAUAUGUGUACCAUUGUGUUAAAACGAUCUUUUAAUUAUUAAUUAAUAAGUACGUUUCUUGAUAUAAAUAUUUUCUUUUAACGU